UAAUAAACUGAUUAGCGAAGUUAGGAAACGAAGUGUUGUUAUAAAUGUAGUUUUAGAAUUCGGUGACGCAAAGUUUGAGCAAUGGAUGCCAACAUUCGUCAACUGCUCGCAAUUGCUAUUUCUUCAGAAGACGGUGAAAAAUAUGUGAUUGAAUCGUAUAACUUGCUACAGCAAGCACAUCAGAAAUCAAAAGAUGAUGAUGGACCAGAUGUCUGUGGUUCAGAUCUGUAUAUUCAAUGUGCAGAAGUUGCACUUAAGUUACAGCAAUUUAAGAUUUGCCAAGAGUGUUUGCACAUGUAUUUUAAUGGAACAACAUUAAGCAACCAAUUCUUAUGUCGAGCAUAUUUGUGCCAAGCUCAACUAUUAGCACCAAAGUCAGCUGAAUCUGUGACAGAAUUUGAGACUGCCAGUGUUUACAUUUUGAAAGCAGUGAAUUUUGCCAAAGACAAACCACGUUACCAUUUCUUGGUAUACAAUGCAUCAGUGCUAUAUUGGCAAAUGGCUCGGCCUUUCCUGAGACCUGGAUUUCGUGCUCUGCUUCACCCAAGUCUCCAACAAGUGGUGUCUGCACUUGAAUUGAUUGAUGACAAAGAUUAUGAAUGGAGAGGAACUUUGAUGAUUGUUUCCAUCAUGCUCCAAUCUUUGAAUCCAUCUUCUUUAAGGCCAACUUCCCCCACCAUUGAUGAGUUCCAUACACGCUUAAGAUUUGUUCGUCGUGGUUUGGUUGCCAUGGCCAACGCUGGUUCAAACGAUAACGGAAGUCAAUUCUUUUUCACGUUGGGUCCUUGUAAUGAUUUGAACAAGAAACAUACCAUUUUUGGCAAGGUGGCUGGUGAAACUAUUUAUAACCUGGUACGUCUUGGUGAGGUUGGUACAACUGAUGAUGAGAGACCUAUCAACCCUCCCUUUAUAAAGUGGACCAAGGUUUUGGCGAAUCCGUUUGAAGAUAUUGUACCAAGAACUGUACCUGAUAAAGAUAAAAAUGAAAAGAAGAAAAAGAAAAGUCAAAUGAAAGCUACAAAAGAUUUUAAGCUUCUGUCAUUCGGUGAGGAAGCAGAAGAAGAGGAAAUGGAUGUUCUUGAGUUUAGAGCAAAACACAACACGAAAGGCAAGAGCAGCCACGAUUUAGCAAACGAUCCAAAACUGAGUUCUGAGCCCGCUAUUCCUGAUUAUGAUGCAAAAAGUGGUAAACGGAAAGCAGAAUUGGAUACAUCAGGUGACAAGGUUGAAUCUGAUGGUAGUAGCUCCGAUGAUGACACUAAGAAAGAGAGGCUGGAAAAUGUAAAGAGCAAAUUACAAACCAAACGUAAAGUGGAAAAAAGAGCUAAGAUUGAGGCAGUUGGUGAAAAUGAAAAGGACGAUUCUUUAAAAAGUGAAGAAUUACGAAAAGAAUCAAGACAACUGGCCCGGGAGAUACUGAAAUCCAGGAGAGGGGCUGACAAAAAUGAAGAUGAGAAAGGAGAGGAGAAAAGUGAUGACAGUGAUCAAGAAGACGCAUCAAAUCCACUCUUCGCUGAUUUUAAGAAGCAACAAAAGAUUUAUAAAGAGAAGACAGCCAAGUUUAAACAGAAGGGCUCAACUCGGGAAGAAGCUACACUUGCUCUCUUAAACGGGUUUAAACAGAAACUGGAGACAGUGAGGAAAGAGGCGGGAUGGAAUGAAGAUGAGAUGGAAGAUCCACCAGAUGAUGAUGAUGGUGGAGAUGAUGAUUCUGGAUGGAUGUUACAUCGCUUAAAACACACGGAUGAGAAACGAGAUGCAAAAGAUGUGAACCGAACUGUUACUGAAGAUACUUACGACAUUCACGAUCCUAGGAACACAAUCAAUCAAAGACGAAGAGAGACCUCUAAAAAGCCACAUAAAGACAAGGACAAGACGGAGAGGCGACACCAUGAUGGACAUGACCGUCACCGCUCAGACAGACAUAAGCGCAGAUAGCAACAUAAGUUCCACCUAAUUUAGAAAAAUAUUCCAUCGCACAAAGUGGCUUAAGAAGGAUGAUACAGUCAAGUUGGACUUGAGUAUUGUGAAAAGCAAAGAGCUUGUAACUCGUUUGAAACCGUUUAAACUGUUCUGCUAAGAAAAUGUGAAUCACUACCAUCUCGAACGGUGAUUUUUAGAAGUAUUAAAUAAAAUACAAAAUAUAUGUAUUAUUG